AUGAGCGCGUGCAGGUACUUCGUGGUGGCCGGCGCGAUCUCGGCCGUCUGCUCUGCGGCGGCGCUGUACCUGUGUGCCGUGCGCGCCGCCGCCGCGAUCGGCUCGCUGCAGCUGCAGCUGGUGCCCCUCCUCGACGCCGCGGCGCAGGGCCUCCUCUUCUCGGCAGCCGGCACGGCCUUCGCGGCGCGCGGCGUGGUUGGCGGCGCGGCUGGCCCGUGGGGCAGCAGCGGGGUAGACGUAGGAGGCGGCGGUGGCAGCAUGUGCGACGCCGCCGGCGCGUUCUGCGGGAAGGUGAGCGUCGCGGCGGGCGUUGGCGCGUGCGCGGCCGUCGCCGUCGCCGUCGCGGCGCUGGCCAGGGACGCGCGCCGCAGGGGUAGCUCGGGAGGGUCGUGUGACUGGUGA